AUGUCCUCUGCGGCUGAAUUGCACAAUAAUAAUGGGAAAAAGUGCUACAUGAAUAAGCGGUAAUUCCUGCGAAAAAUUUAAUUUUUCCACGAAACACAACAUUCUUUAGUUAUGAUGACGCCAUUGAGCACUAUGCGAAAGCAAUAAAAAUGGACCCGCAGCCUAAAUAUUAUCAGAAUCGUGCCAUGUGCUAUUAUCAGGUUGGAAUUUGAAACAUCCUAAUUUUUUUAGUGAAAAAUGAUUUUUCCAGAUGAACAACUUGAAAAUGACAGAAGAGGAUUGCAAACGGGCUCUGGAAUUGAGCCCCAAUGAAGUGAAAGUACGGAGAUAAUCAAUGUUUUAUAAAAAAUUGAAAAAGUAACCAUUUCAGCCACUCUACUUCCUGGGAAGCGUGUUUUUGAAAAGCAAAAAGUUCAACGAGGCCAUCAGCUGUCUUUCAAAAGCACUGUAUCACAAUUCAGUGAUUACGGUGAGAGAAAACAUUACUUUCAAAGUCCUAAAAUCUCUAAAAAUCCUAAAAUUUCCAGAACGCGACAGACAUUGAAAACGCGUUGAAACGCGCACGCCACCAGAAAUUCGAGGAGGAAGAGUCGCGCAGAAUAAUCCAGGACGUCGAGUUCCACACGUACAUGGAGAGUCUGAUCGAGAGGGACCGCGCGGAGAGUGCGAACAACCCAGAAGCCCUGGCACGCGUCGAAAUGGCCAAGAAACGGCUCGCCGAGCUCACUGCGGUGGUUAAUAAAUUCAGCAUUUUAAAGCUAAAAAAUCACUUGAAAAAUUGCAGACCCAAGAAAAGCGUCAAAAUCGUGAGAUUCCGGAAGUUUUGUGCGGAAAGAUCACAUUAGAGCUGAUGAAAGAGCCGGUGAUCGUGCCGUCCGGGAUCACGUACGACCGCGAGGAAAUUGUGCAGCACUUGCGCCGAAUCGGACAUUUCGACCCGGUGACGCGAAAGCCGUUGACCGAAAACGAGAUUACCCCGAAUUAUGCGCUCAAGGAGGUUCGACAACUUUUUAUAGAUUUUUCUAAUUUUUAAUUCCAGGUCAUUGAAAAGUUCCUCGACGACAAUCCGUGGGCGAAAUACGAGCCGGGAGCAAUGGAUUAA